CAUUAAAUGUUAAUAAUUACGUAUGCUUAAUAUAGGUGACACUAAAAGGAUUUUUUAUGCAAAGAGAAAAAGAUGCAUGAUGGAUACCAGAGCUUCCGUCAAAAGCAUUAACCAGAAAAUUGAGCGUGUUUGGAAAACCCAGGAAGAGCAAAGGCAGAAGCUUUAUCACGAAUACUGUCAGCAGUUUCUAACUUUGUUUCAAGAGUGGGAUACAGAUGCGCAGAAAACCAAGGAGGAAGAAGAAAAACUAGCUAAUAUAUUUCGACAGCAACAAAAGGUUUUGCAGCGCUCUAGAAUUGUUCAGAGCCAGAGAAUGCAAGGAAUUAAAGAGCUGUAUGAGCAAUUCUUAAAGAGUAAAGAAGACUUAGAGAAGAAUCAGGAAAAUUUUCUUAUUGGUGAACAGAGCGAACUUGGGAAGGAAAUGGUCAUGUUGCAAAACCACCUUAUGAUGGCACAUCAGCAACAAGAGGUGGCAACUGUUCAAAAGUCUCUUCAGUCUCUGUUAUUUUGAUGACAUUUGAAGAAAGGACUUGAACUAAGUAACAUGAUAAUUGUGGUUUAACA